AUGGGAAAAACCACCGUGACGCUGGCCUCUGGCCGUGAGAUGCCUCUCGUUGGGUUCGGACUCUGGAAAGUUCCCAGAGAAACAGCGGCAGAGACAGUAUACAAUGCAAUCAAAGCCGGGUAUCGUCUCUUUGAUGGCGCCUAUGACUAUCAGAACGAGAAGGAGGCUGGAGAAGGUAUUCGCCGAGCUAUCGAUGAGCGAUUGGUUGAGCGUGAAGACGUAUUCAUCACCACAAAGCUGUGGAAUAACUAUCACCGAAAAGAGCAUGCGUUAGCCAUGGCAAAAAAGCAGAAUGAAGCAUGGGGUCUGGGGUACAUUGACCUGUAUCUCAUUCACUUCCCCUGUGCAUUGGAGUAUAUUGAUCCUGCCGUUCGGCAGUUUCCUGCAUGGUGGAUGGACGAAGCAGGAACAAUAUCUUUGGACAAGGUCGCAAUUCGCGAGACUUGGGAGGCCCUCGAAACGGUAGUUGAUCAGGGCAUCGCACGCAGCAUUGGCGUUUCAAAUUUCCAAGCGCAGGCCAUCUAUGACAUACUCUCCUACGCACGCCAUCCUAUCUCAUCGCUACAAAUCGAACACCAUCCGUACCUAGUGCAGUCAGACCUGGUUACCAUGGCUCAGGAGAACGGCAUUGUUGUAACAGCGUACUCUAGCUUUGGACCACAAAAGCCAGUGAAGAAGGCAGCUGAGAAAUACCGUGUUACUCCUGCGCAAGUUCUACUGCGAUGGGCAACUCAGAGAAAUGUCGCUGUUAUACCAAAAUCCAACAAUCGUGAGAGACUGGGGCAGAACCUGCAAGUCACGGAGUUUGAUAUGACAAAAGACGAAUUGGAGGAUAUUUCAGCCCUUGAUCAAGGAUUGCGAUUCAAUGAUCCGGGGUUCUAUCUGACGCAGCCUAUUCGUAUUUUUGCGUAA